CCUCGCGCUGUGGGAGUUCACUUCGCCUCACGACCCCGGCCGGGCCGCUGGCAGCAGGCACCCGGCCGGCAGCGGCAGGAGCCCGGCCGGUAACGGCAAGGGCACGGCCAACAGCCGCUUCCGUCGUCCCCCGCCAUCACUUCCAGAUGUUGUUGCACCUGUGGGGGCUCCUGUACAGCAGCUGCGUGCGGUUCUGGCUGAAGUGGGUCGUGAGGCUGCUCACCGGCAAGUGCGAGCUGCAGCGCGUCCUGCACGGCCAGAAGGAGGGGGCGCGGAGGACGCUCAGCAUCGAACAUUCACUGGGAUCAUCAAAGAACAAGGUUUUAAGAAAUGCUCUACAUGUUGAUGAAGCUGAAGUGGAGAAGUGUGUCAAAGACGUAAUGAAAGAAAAGAAAAUUGAAAAUAAGGAUAUCAGGUUUAAGACAAAUCUCCAUAUAUCCUUACUGCAGAUAACAGGUUAUAAAAAACUUUACUCGAAUGUGGAAAAUCUGAGGAAGGUCCCGUAUGACUCAGAUAACGAAGAACAUGAGGAACAGUUAAUUGAGCUUUGGAAUUUGCUGAUGCCUCAUGAAAACCUGAAGGCCAGAAUCACCAAGCAGUGGUGUGACAUCGGCUUCCAAGGUGAUGACCCCAAAACAGACUUCAGAGGGAUGGGCCUGCUGGGAUUAGUGAAUCUGGUGUAUUUUAGUAAGCACUACACCAAUGAAGCUCGUCAGAUCCUCUCUCGUUCAAAUCACCCUAAGCUGGGAUAUUCGUAUGCAAUUGUUGGAAUUAAUCUGACCGAAAUGGCAUACAGCUUACUUAAGAGUGGUGAUUUAAAGUCUCAUCUGUACAACGUGGUCUCUGGAUUGCCACAAAUGGAACAUUUCCAUCAAUUUUACUGUUAUCUGGUUUAUGAGUUUGACAAGUUCUGGUUUGAAGAAGAACCAGAAAGUAUUAUGCACUUCAACCAGUACAGAGAAAAGUUCCAUGAAAAAAUUAAGGGUCUCCUACUGGAUUAUGAUGCGAUAUUAACCUUGGGAGAUAAAAAGAAACCUUAACUCCUCUGCAAUAUAUCAGGUUCUGCAUCAACAAUGGAAUUACUCAUUUGGCUGAAAGUUUUGUAAGGUUCACCAAAAACUGUAUAACAAUAGAACUUUUUUACAUAAAAAAAUAACCUAAGUUCAGUUAAGAAAGCUUGGACAAUCAACCUCUGUUUACAGCUCUUUAUAUGCUACUCUCCAAAGGACAGGGUUAUUGUGUUUAUUUUUGCUGAUUUGUUUGUUUUUAACCCAAAAGUCUGAAGAUCGCUGGAUCACUUGCUCUCAUUUUUUUAUACUUCUUGGUGCAAGAACACAAAGCAGAUAUUUAUUCUGUGUAGUGCAUUUCAUUAAUAGGUUUAUCUGUUAAUUGUCUUUUAAAACUUUUUUUUUAGUUGAAACGUCCCUGGUUUUAAGCUUUUUGUGUUCUCAUUCUGUAUGCAUAGUCAGUAGUCCACUUGUCAAUGUUAAAUUUCCACGGUGAAGAGGUUGAUGAAGGGGAUGUAGUAGUCAUAAUUUAGGAAAGAGGCUUAAUCCAUCAACAUACUGAUGUACUUACUACAAAUUACUUCUGGCGAAGGAAGUUUUCUGUCUGUGGAUUUGUACCAGCAAGUUGCUAUGCUUGGAAAAAGCUUAAUUUGCAAACAAAAGAAACAACAAAAAAAGAAAACCACAAGUCAACGGUGUGAGGAUCUGAUCCUCAGAAUAAAGCUGCUCUUUCUAAAAAAAACCUGCUGCUAUAAAAGUUUUCCAUUCUUUCUGAUCUGACUUCAGUUGCUCGGACUGCUUGACUUUGUUGUCAGUCCUUUCUUUUAGAAGCUAAUGAGAAAUUCCCAUUGGGAAGUACAAGAGAGAGUUCACUCAUUUAACAAAAAAUAGAAAUUAAAUAUUGCAGAUGCAGCCCCUAUUUUUUGAAAAUUAAUAGUAGCCUCUAAUAAAAAUGCAUUUUGCAUGGGUAAGUGCAACUGUGACACAUUCCUUAAUCAUGGCGUCCUCAGACAAUCUAGUCAAUAGGACUUCAUAUCUAUAUUUUGUCUAAUUAUUGCUUAAACAGAUUU